GUGUUCAAAGUUGCCACUAUAGGCUGUACAAUGAUGAUGUCAGUGAUGGUGAUUGCAGGUAUUGUGGUGGGCCUGCAGCUAAAGUCCACCAUUAAUGAGAGUGCCUUUGUCUCAGCUUGUCUGUCUCUGUCCAGUACACCUCUGGUGGUGAAGUUCUUAAGUCAAACUGGCUACCUUGAUAGGAGGGAAGAGGAAGUUCCAACAUCCUCCAGACCGAGGCCAGAAUACGACUAUGGCACCAUCCUGCUUGGAGUGUUGAUAAUGCAGGAUGUAUGGCUGGGGAUUCUGAUGGCUCUGUUACCUGUGUUAGCAGGACAUGGGACCUCUGGAGCUGGCACAGUGGAGGGAGUGGCCAGACAUUACGCCUGGGUCACAUUGGAACUUGUUAUAAAUCUUGUCUCAGUUCUUCUGGUAACAGUGUUGGGAGCACGGUACGUGGUGUCCUUUGUCUUCAAGCAGCUGGUGAUGUCGGGGUCCAGAGAAAUUCUGGUGCUGGGCAGUGUAACCCUGGUCUUCCUUAUGUUAACUAUAACAAAUUAUCUGCAAGUCUCUAUGGAGUUGGGUUGUUUCCUGGCAGGGGUAAUGUUGAGUGCACAGGGACCACAGCUGGCAGGAGAUUUAGAAAAACUCAUGCAGCAGAUCAAAGAUUUUCUUGGCUGUAUUUUCUUUGCAUCUAUAGGUCUUCAUAUAUUCCCCACAUUCUUGGUCUAUGAACUGACCAUUCUAACAACAUUGACAUUAGCAGUUGUAGGAUUUAAGUUUUUCUCUAGUGUUGCCGUCCUGUCAGUGUUACUGCCAGACAACUCUCGUAAAUCAAAGUGGGUGGUGUCUGCAGGCCUUGCUCAAGUCAGCGAGUUCUCCCUAGUCCUAGGAAGCAGAGCCAGACGAUUAGGAUUGAUUUCUAGAGAGGUUUACCUGCUGAUCCUCAGCGUGACCACCCUAAGUCUGCUGUUUGCUCCCAUCUUAUGGAGAGCCACAGUAUGGCAGUCAAGAUUGCGACAGAGCACGGCCUAUGUAGCCAUUCUCCUCCUGGUAGCCUCUCUUUCACCAGCUCUACUUUAUCGAGCAUAGUCCACAUGUAGAACCUUGCUACUAGUAUACAGGUUAUUAUCAGAAUUUUAUGUAGCAUGUUGGGCUUACACAUUUUUUAGGUGUUUGUGAGAAUGUCCUGUCCAGUGGUUCUCAUAGCACAUUGUUUAAAGAAGUGUGUUUUCCCAACUUCCAGGCCCUAUGUUCUUUUGUAGAUCACUAAUAAUUUAACUUCUGUUUAUUACUUAGUUCAAUAUUGUGUUAUAUUUUCUUAUUUUGCACUUGCACACUUUCAGGAAUGCUAGGUAUUUUUUGUGUAUUGUUAUAUAUUUUCUAUUUAAUUUUUUUUUUUCAAAUUAUAUCUUGAAAUAUGAGUAUUAUUAUAAAGAGCACAUUUGAGUGGUUGAUCAUAUUGUUUCAUCAUGCACACUGCUUUACUAAGUAUUUCCAGCAUUGAUAUAUUUUUGAUAUAGAAUGAAAAUUUCUUGGUUGUUAGACUUGAAAUUGGCUGUUAUAAUAAUGCCAAACAUUGAAACUUUGUUUAAUUGAAAAUUCAUUUGUGAAUUUUGACAUUGUUUAACAUUUAUAUUUUUUAAUGAAAAGGUAGCAUAUUAUUGGUCUUUUGCUUCAAGUAAAUGAAUGCAAGAAAAUUUAUCUCUGGCACCAGAAAAAUCUGCCAUUUGUUUGGUCCUUUGUAUACAUCAAUUAUUUAAGAGCAGCCCCUGUACUCAAUAUGAUGUUGUAUGAAAUUAGAAAUGAUGCACAAGGCAAGUGAGGCAAUCAGUGUUUUACUGGGCAAUGCUUGUUUUAGUUGUCAGUUUGAAAAACAGUGAGAUCUUUAUAUGAAAUGUACGUUACAGU